CUUUGCUUCGUGCUUGCUCCUCUCUCUCCCACAUCUCUGCCCCGCACCGCACGCCGCCCGCCGCUCCCCGCGGCCUCAGCCGCAGCCCCAGGCAUCCACGGCGAGCAUCGCAUCCAGCGCGGCCUGCGUUCUCGCGCCUGCCCCUCCGGCCACCACACCCUCUGCCGCGCACGCGCCCCCGCACAGCCACGCCAUGUCUGCGCCGUCCACGCCGCCGAUGCAGCGCGAGGGCAGCAGCAGCACCGUGCAGCCGCAGCAGCGCCCGCCCAGCAGCAUCCUCGCCACGCCCUCGGGCGGCGCGCGCGGCGCCGACCUCGCCCAGGGCGCCAGCAGCCAGGGCACGGCGGGCGCCAGCGGCAGCGCCAACGUCCACUACGGCCGCGACGCCCUCUUUGCCUCGCCCAGCAAGGGCAGCGCCGCCGCGGCGCGCUCGCGCCACGAGAGCACGGGCAGCAAUGCCGACGGCGGCCUGGCCGCACCGCCGCGCGCGGCGGGUCUGGGUGACAAGGCCGGCCGCGCCAGCAACCUGAGUCUCGGCGGCAGCACGAGCUACGCCAGCAGCGCCGCCGGCGAGAGCGCCCAUGCGCGCAGCCUGCGCAACAGCACCGCACGGCGCAGCCGCGUGCAGACACGGCCGGCUUGGGCGCGCGACGAGCCCGUGUCGCCGCCAGCUACGCCGCACUCGCGGCCUUCGCACGCCAUUGAGCGCGAGCCAUCGGACCUCGGCCUGCCGCAGGCGUCCGGUGCGCAGGGCCAGAGCUGGUCGGGCUCCAAGGCGCUCGGCACGCACGGGCCCUCGCGCUCGACAGCUGACUCGGACGACGACUCGGACGCCAACGACGAGCGCGGGCCCACACGCUUCUGGACCUUCACACUGCCGGCCAAGUACCGCGCGCGGCUGCACGAGCACCACAUGCGCAUGGUGCACACGUCGCAGAGCGAGCCGCAGCGCGACGAAGACGCCUCUAGCGACACGUCCAGCACGCUCGACCAGGGCGAGCACGAUCCGGCGGCGCGCCAGCGCGCACGGCGCCGCGGCACAGAGACAGGCAAGGGAAGUGCGCCUGAUCCACCCAGCGGAGGCCUGAUGGGCUGGCGACGCCUGUCGCACCGCCCAAAGGACCACAGUGCCGAUGUCGAGGCGGCAGCCGGCGCCGAGGAUGAUGACGUGCGAGACGUCUCGCCGGACGCCCGGCGCAGCGAGGCGCCGCAAACACCAGAGAAUCGGCGCGAGCCCGGGCGAGAGCAAAGCUCGCGCUCGCAGCAGCAGGUGGCACGGGCGUCGCACGAGUCGUCGGCGUCGCGCGACUCCUCGUCGCUGCCGGCGGCGCACAUGCACGCGGAGAUGCCGACGCCGCACCACAUUGCCAGCUUCACGCGGCACCAGCCGCACACGCCCGGCUGGGAGUCGCCGUGGCGGCCCGAGUCGCGCGACGGCGGCAGCAUCGAGGUGGGCGGCUACCGCUUCGGCGCCCACGGCGGCUUCUUCCCUGCCAGCAAGGAGGGCAAGGAGGGCGGCCGCAAGAAGGAGCCGCCGUUCAGCUGGUGGCGCAACUUUCUGCUGCACAAUCCCUUUGUGCCGCUGCUCUUCCGCCUGCUCAACAUCGCAUUCACAACGGCAACGAUGGCCGUCGCCAUCUGCCUGCACAACGUGCUCAACCGCGAGUCGGCUGCCGACAGUGUCGGCUCGUCGCCGCUCGUGGCCAUCAUCUAUGCGCCGCCGACGCUCAUGCACGUUGGCUUCCAGAUCUACCUCGAGUACUUUGGCAAGCCAAUCGGGCUGUGGAGCGUCAAGAGCAAGCUGUACUACACGCUCGUCGACCUCAUCUUCAUCUGCAUGUGGAGCAGCGAGCUGAGCCUGACGUUUGACAACUACCUCACCUCGAGCCUCGUGUGCGACGCCGCCAUCAAUCCGUUUGCGAGCAACGCGAAUGCGCCCGACUACCAGAGUCCGCUGCAGAACCCCACCACGAAGCCGAACAUCUGCCGCCUGCAGGGCGCGCUCAUCGGGCUCGUCUUUGUCUCGCUGCUCGCAUACCUCGUCGUCCUGACGGUAUCGCUGUUCCGCAUCUUCGUGCGCGUCUCGCGGCACGCCUGAUCUCGCUCUCCGGCUGCGUUCUCCGCUGAGCUUCCUUUCUCGCCCCACGUGUCUCCCUCAUUUCUCACCGUCCGACCGCGCACAUACAUCUCACCCCCUCCGUCUCGCUCAUCGCUUUGUACACUCUGGACUGCUGCAGUAUAUGGUCAAACGGCAUAUCUUUUGCACGC